AUGACGCGACGGUCCAAUGCCAUUUCGGGAUAUGGCAAAAGCCUUCUCCAGCCUUAUCUUCGUCAGCAAAAGCAGCUCUGGGUCCCGAGAGACCCCCUCUUUGCGAUGUACAAAAUCAUGUUCCCAAAUGAGGUCGAACUCCGAAAAAGGAUGUUUCGGAGGAAGAAGGGACAGUUUCUUGUCCCAGGACCAAACUACCAGUGGUGCAUUGACGGCCACGACAAGCUCAAGGCGUAUGGAUUCGAGAUAUAUGCAGCAAUCGAUGCAUACUCGCGCAACAUUAUCUGGUUUUAUAUUGGCCACUCCGCUACAACUGCUUUGAGCGUAUUGAAGCAGUACUUGGCCGCGUGUGGCGCCUACGGCUUUCGGCCAUGGUAUUUGCAAGCAGACAGGGGGAGCGAAACGCCAUUGGUCGCAGCAGCACACUGGAACUUUGUCUUGGCAACAGACGGGCGAGUGGAAUGGCAUGGGCAAGUUUUCCGACAAGGAAAUCGACUAAAGGAUUCGUACAAGGCGGCUCCGAGUACGAAGAACGUUAAGAUCGAGAGUUGGUGGGAGCGCAUGCUGCAUGUCUCGUCCCGGCAGUGGGUAGACUACUUUGGAGAACUCGCCAGGGACGGGGACUUCGACGGCGAUAUGCUGGAAGAUCAGAUUUCCAUCUACGCCGUCUUCGAAGACUUACUACGCCGAGAACUCUUCGACUUCGUGGAGGCGUGGAAUCUUCAUCGGAUACGCCUCCAAAAGAACCGUCCCCAUGUGGUCCACGGCCAGCCCUGGAUGAACUACCAUUACCCCGACCCAGACAAGGCAUGCAAUUGGGGUAUCGAUUGA